AUGGACGGCCUCGUCGCCUUCUCCCGCCGCCGCCGCCGCUGGCUCCUCCUCGCCGCGCUGGGGACGGCGUCGGCCUACGGCGCGUACAAGAUCUACCACCUCCCGGCCGUCGCCGCCCGCCGCCGCCGCCUCGUCCGCCUCGCCGCGGCCCUCGCGGCCUUCCUCGACGCCGCCGCGUCCUCCGCCGACGCGGCCGCCCUCGUCUCCUCCGACCUCGCCGACUUCGUCCGCUCCGACUCCGACGAGCUCCCCCGCAGCGUCGCGCAGCUCGCCAAGCUCGCCGCCUCCCCCGAGGUCUCCGCCACCGUCUCCGCGCUCUCCCAGGCCGUCGCGGCCGGGGUGCUCCGCGGCGUCGGCUCCACCCCCGGGGCCGGCUCCGGCGGCAAGGUGGCCCUCACGGACCGCCUCGUCGACAAGCUCUUCUCCGACUCCGGGGAGCGCCUCGCGUCCGCUGUCGCCGGGAGCUUCGCGCGCCACCUCGUAAUGGCCUUCUACUCCGCCCCGUCUCCUCCCGGGCAGACCUCCUCAUCGCCCGAUUGGGUCAACGUGGUUGCAAUGGGAAAGGGGCACAAGGCGAUUAGCAGCUGGGUUGAGGUCCUCGUCGGCACCGCCGUGGGGGUGUUCAUUGACAAGACCAUACACAUCAAUACCUACGAGCAGCUCUUCGAAGGGCUCACCAAUCCAAGCCAUGACGCCAAGGUCAAGGAAUUGCUUGUUUCAGUAUGCAACGGGGCAGUGGAGACUUUGGUGAAGACCUCUCACCAAGUUAUCUCCAAGGCCAAUAGUAAAUUGGAUAAUAAUGGCAAUGGCAACAGCAAUGGAAGUGGCACUGGCAGUAGCAGAGCUGGGGAAGGGUGGGUGGAGACAGUCUCUAGCACAUUGGCAGUGCCAAGCAACAGGAAUUUUGUGCUUGAUGUUACUGGGAGGGUGACAUUUGAGACGGUGAGGUCAUUUCUUGAGUUUGUGCUGUGGAAGCUGCAUGAUGGGGCGAGAAAGAGUGGGGACACCGCGUUCGACAGCGGACUGCGAGCCAUGAGGUAUAUGAGUGAUAAGUCUAUGGUUCUCGCCACAAUCUGCAUAACACUGUGCCUGCAUGUGUUAAAUGGAACUCGAUUCCUGGUUACCGCUUGA